AUGAAAAGUUUGUGUAUUUUCGUAUUUGCGGUUGUGUUACUUAAAAAUUUAAAAGCACAGGAUGUUAUUACAGUGGAAGGUGUCGUAGGAAACACUGCAGAAUUACCGUGUAAAGUGGUAGCGGAGAAGGAAAAUGACAAAUUAAAUAUUUUGGCGUGGUAUCGAAAUGGUUCCACAACUGCCUUUUAUAGCAGUCGAGACCUGCGCGGUAAGGGGAGUGUGAUGUCGUCAAACAAACGGUACCGGCUGGUGUCUCAGAAUGACGGCGUGGAUAAGCUGCAAGUGUUGAAUGUACGUCCUUCUGACGCCGGCAUUUACCUCUGCCAUGCGGACUUCGCCGGCAGUCCCACUGUCAAGACAUACUCACAAUUAUUUGUUAUUGAACCACCACAAAGAUUAUGGGUGGUACACGAGAAUGGAACACGAAUUGCUAUGGCCAGUAUUGGCUCUAACACGAGCAAAAAUAUUGGUCCGUACUAUGUAGGCGAUACCAUUCACCUCGUCUGCGUCGCUUAUGAAGGAAAACCAAAACCUUCGCUAUCCUGGUUGACGGACCAACGGCUACUUAAGGACACUAAAUUGCCGCUGUCAGAGCAGCGUGUACGUAGUGAUCUUAUAUUUGGUCCAUUGGGCAGAGAAGACCAUGGCAGAGUGUUCACAUGUUACGCUAAAAACAACGAAAAAACGGAAAAGCUUGCUAUUGACGUUAUUGUAGAUAUGUACUUACCACCGCAGCUGGUGUCAGUGCGGCCGGUGGCAGGGGAGUUGCGAGCAGGGCGCGUGAAGGCGGGCGAGCCUCUGGCACUGCAGUGCCGCGUGCUCGGCGCGCGCCCCCUGCCCGCCGUCGUGUGGCGACUGGAUGACAACCAGCUUGUUAACUUGGAACAGAAUAUAACGAUAGACUCGUCUCAACGACUGGUGGUGAGUGAGAUCCAGUUAAGCAUCACACACGAGUACGACGAGUCGCAGGUGACGUGUUGUGCGCCGGCGCAUCAGCCUCGCGCAGAACGCUUCAUCUGCGCAACGGCGUUACCUCUCACUGUUACGUAUGCACCAGUGUUGGAAAUUGUCGUAGAUAAAGAACUAGAAAAUAAUACUUUGUCAGUAAUAAAGGGGUCUAACGUUUCUAUGAACUGCAGCUACCAGGCCAAUCCUUCUGUUUACCAACUUACAUGGUUCCAUGAGGAGGAUAUGUUAGUCAAAAAUGCAGAGCAGAGCGAGACAGCAGUGUCGCCAACGCUGACGCUUACGAGUGUGAGCGAGACGGAUGCAGGCGAGUACGUUUGCGCCGCCACCAACGACGAAGGCUCCACCUACAGCGAACCUGUCGUCAUUGACGUCUUAUAUCCACCAUUUUGCGAAGACGAAAGGAUAUUAGAAUAUGGAGUAGGGGAUGAGGAAUGUGUUAACUUGACCUGCAAAGUAGUUGGUAACCCUAAUUCCACUGCAUACUACUGGUUGCUGGUGACCGCCGGCGGGAAGCGGGAGAAUCAGUCCGUCACCCUGGAGACACCAGACCCUGUGCUGGUAUACAAACGUCCUAAUGGAACAUCGUCUAUUAUAUAUUGUUGGGGAAUAAACGGAGUGAACAGCAACGAGCUGCAGCCGAGCAAGUGCACGUUUAUGAUCACGGACGAGACGGCGCCGCGCGCGCCCUCCGCCUGCCGCGCCGCUAAGAACAGGCUCAAGGAGAUCACCGUCAUUUGUGAGAAAGGCCAUAAUGGGGGAUUGGAACAGAAAUUCAAAUUCAUAGUAAUGUCUUUGGAGUCUGAAGAACAAAUCGUGUCCAUAAUCAAUCUAGAACCCAAGUUUAUGAUUGAAGAACCAAAACAAGAAAAUUAUAAGUUUGUCAUACUAGCAUUUAACGAUAAGGGGGAGAGUGAGAGCGUCGAAAUUGAAAAGGAUAGUAUUGUUGAUGAAAGUGAAGCUAUGGGCGAGACGAUAUCCGCAGUAACGAACAUCACGACGCUGGCGCUGGCGCUGUGCGGCGGCGUAGCGCUGCUGGCGCUGGCGGCGUGCGGCCUCGUGCUGUGCGCGCACGAGCGCGCCGCGCGCGACCCGCCCGCGCCCGACCCGCCCUUGUGCGCGUAUAACACUGAUGAAUCAAACUGCGAAACGUACCACGACAGCGACGACGGCAGCGAGUGCAACGUGCGCCGCACGGAGUCAUUCCGCCGCGCGUGCCGCCACGCGCCGGGCAAGUACGACGUGCAGCGCGCGAGCUCCUUCCACGCGGUGCGCGCGCACGACGCCGCCUGCCGCCGCUCGCUGCAGAACCUCAGCCGGCGGCGCGACGACCUCGUAGAUCACUUCGUCAUGCAUCUGCCGCCGGAUACUGGUUAUAAUGUGCCUAAACCGAUGAACACAUUUUAUACGAUGCCGCGGAAGAUGCGUCACAGGGCAGCGAAAGAGAUCAGUGAUGAGACGUCAGAAAUCACUCAAAAUUCCGAUGGGUUCUCUCUACCGCCGCCGCCCGACGAGUUCGGGAGCUACCGAGCCGCCACGCGCAUACGGGACGUGCCCAAGUGCACGCCCUCAUACACCACCAUCACGAGGCACAAUUCAGCCAAAGACCAUGGGAAAUACAACAAUGUCAUCAUAUCCCCCAUGAACACGGUAGGCCUACCCACUAUCGCGCAGACAAGCGUCUACACAUACCCAGACGACGAUCAGGACUUACGAUACGGACUCGAAAGUAAAUAUACUUAUAUU